ACGUGGUGUGUCUUGCGGCUCAACGUGUGCGCUGCUUCUAAGUGAUCUCAGAUCAGCGAUGGGGGAGUUUAAAGUUCACCGGGUUCGGUUCUUUGAUUACAUGCCGUCGGGAAUCAGAGCCUUGGCUUUCAACCAGGAUACCGAAAGGAUGGCAGUGGCGAGGGUGGACGGAUCAGUGGAGGUUUUCCACUGUUCAGACAGAUUUUUCCAAGAAAAGAUCAUCCCUGGUAGAGAGCAGUGUGGGAUUGAAGGCCUGUCCUGGGUUGGAGAGCGUCUGUUCAGUGCGGGACUAAACGGUGGAAUAACGGAGUAUGAUCUGACAAACCAGAAAGUGAAAUACACCAUAGAUGCGUAUGGAGGGCCAAUUUGGACCAUUGCAGGCAAUCAGCAAGGAACACACUUAGCGAAUGAGGACAGCCUUGUUGUCGGGACAUCAGAAGGAAUUGUGGUACAGUUCCAGUUCGUCUCUAUGGUUUUGGAAAAGGAUGACAAAGAAUGGGUCAGAACCAGAACAUUUAGGAACCACACGCAUGACAUCAGAGCUGUGGCGGAGAUCACGACGGCUGUGGUUUCAGGAGGUAUGGAUGCACAGCUGGUUGUGAGACCUUUAUUAGACAAGAUCGAAGAGAGGUCAGCGGCCUCGGCUUUGAGGAAGAUUCACUUUCCACAUAGGAGACUGUUGUCCUGUGCAAGGAAGUCAGGUCUGAUGCUUUUCCAGUACCCUGGUCAUCUGGAGCUCUGGAGACUGGGAGAGAGUGAAGGAAAAGGCAUACCAGGAAGCAGUUUAUUUGUAAAAAGAAAUCCAGAGAAGCUGCUUCAUUUGAAAGUGAAGGGUGAGGAUCACAUCCGCUGCAGUGCCGUGUCUCCCUGUGGAGAAUGGAUUGUGUACUCCACAGCCAGCACUCUACGGCUCUACAGGCUACACUGCGACAAUAACAACAUCAGCAUCACCAAGAUAUCCAAACUUCCAAAGGUACUCAGCUCAGCCAAUCAGCUUUGCUUCUCCUCAGACUCCUCCCAUUUGUUUUCCGCUUCUGCACAGUCAUCAGUGCACUUAGUUUCUAUCAGCCAAUCAGGAUGCAAGUUUGUGGGCACCCUUAAACCUAAGUCAGGUUCCCAUCAGGCCAUUCACUUAUUAGCAGCCAGCGAGAAUGGCAAAUGGGUGGCUUCCGCAAACAGUGACCACGAGGUUCACAUCUACAACCUGCAGACACGGAAGGCUCAUUGCACAGUUCCUGUAUACAGUUCUGCUGUCACAGCCAUGGGCAUUCACCCAGCAACAAACUGUCUGUUCAUGAUGCAUGCAGAUCAACAGAUGUUUGAGUAUUCCAUAGAGCAGAAACAGUACACGGAUUGGAGCAGAACGGUGCAGAGGAAGGGCCUUCAUCGCCUCUGGGUGGAAAGAGACACACCAUGUCUCAAUGUGAUGUUCAAUCCCCAAAAUCCUUCCCAUGUCAUCCUGCAUGAUAUGUACAUGCUCUGCAUCAUUGACCAAAGCCUGCCACUGCCUGAUGACAAAACUCAGUUCUACAAUCAGCUGACUUUGAAGAGCCUCACAGAGGAACAGAGGAAAUCUCACAGCCAUGCAUUCAAAGUCUGCAAGACCUUCAAGGAUAUCCUGUGUGUUGAGCUGAUGCCGGAUCAGUCUCUGGUUGUGGUGGAGCGCCCUCUAGAGGACAUUGCCACUCAGUUGCCUGCACCCAUCAAACAAAAGAAAUUUGCCACAUAAGGAAAAACCUCUCCAUCUGUAUGUGUGUGGCCUCAGUGAGGAAGUGUGUUUUAUUAAGAGACUGCAAAUUGUUCCCCGUUUCCCCCAAUGUAAAAACUGCUGAGACGGUAUUAAAAAGAAAUAUUUACUGUACC